GAUUCGCCAUCUAUUUUGACCUUCUCCCUCUUCGUGAAGACCUCGAUCCAUUGCGCCAUUCACGAGGACUUCUCCUAGCCUGCGGGCAGAACUCCGAGCUUCUGCCUUAAGUAUCCGUGAUAUUGAAACUGUUCCCCUCAUUUUAUCGGACACUGUACGUCUCAAAUCUGCCGCGGCCAAACCCCACCCCGAUUACCCGGCACUUUCCCCGACACGGCACCGGCCCAUGGAGAGCCAGGACAAUAUCUCGAGCGCGACGUCGUGGCUCCCAAAAUUUUUGCGGACGUCGCCAAAGGUGUCAGACUCGUCAAGUGCCACGCCUACAGAGCGUACUUCACUACUCCCAAGGCCUGAUGAUAAUGAUAGUGAUGCUGAUGAUGAUGAUGGCACUGAAGUGUACGAUCUUGAGGAUGGAGACCGCUCCCAGUACCAACUGGUUUUGCAAGAGUUUUGGAUAUUGCUAAAGGGUUCUAUUCCAGUCAUCCUGGCAUAUACCCUCCAGAAUUCAUUACAGACCUUCUCCGUUCUCAUCGUCGGACGUCUCUCUCCAGAAGCGCUGGCUACAGCUGCCUUCUCAUACAUGUUCGCAAUGGCUACUGGAUGGCUGAUUGCACUGGGCGGCACCACUGCGAUCGAUACACUGGCCUCCGCUAGUUUCACGGGGAGCAAAAAUAAGCAUGAUCUCGGCAUAAUUCUACAGCGUUCCUUCAUCGUGCUGGCUUUUCUGUAUGUUCCCGUUGCUAUCCUAUGGAUCUGUGCCGAGCCUGUCUUCAGGCUGUUGGGCCAAGAAGAAUACAUUGCGCGUGACUCUGCCAAAUUUUUGACUGUUUUAGUGCCCGGUGGUCUGGGUUACAUUUAUUUCGAGGCUCUCAAAAAGUAUUUGCAAGCUCAGGAGAUUAUGCGACCUGGUACUUACGUGUUGCUCAUCACGUCACCACUUAACGCUGGCCUUAACUACUUGUUUGUAUACACGUUCAAGAUGGGUCUUCUGGGCGCCCCCCUUGCCACUGGUAUCUCUUACUGGCUCUCUUUUGCCCUUCUACUUGCAUACACGCGCUUCGUUGCUGGCUGGGAAUGCUGGGGCGGCUGGAGUCGCAAAUGCGUUCAGAACAUGUGGACAUUCACCCGCCUUUCCCUUCUCGGAGUCAUCCAAGUAGGCACUGAAUGGUGGGCAUUCGAGAUUGUAGCCCUCGCGGCAGGCCGCCUUGGAACAGUCCCGCUUGCCGCGCAAAGUGUCAUCAUGACAACCGAUCAGGUCAUGAACACAAUCCCCUUUGGCGUCGGCGUUGCCACAUCAGCACGCGUUGGUAACAUGUUAGGCUCGAAGAAUGCAAAAGGGGCUGCUCGAUCGGCAAACACGGCUGCCUGGCUCAGCAUGCUCCUCGGCGCCCUCGUCCUCGCUGUCCUGAUGGGCGUCAAGGACUUCUACGCCAAGAUCUUCAACGACGACGAGGAUGUAGUUCGGCUUACCGCCCUCGUCAUGCCAUACGUAGCGCUUUUCCAGAUUGCCGACGGGCUGAAUGGUAGCUGUGGAGGUGCUCUCAGGGGCAUGGGACGCCAGCACGUUGGCGCUGCAGUCAACAUCGUUGCUUACUACUUCGGUGCACUGCCCUUUGGCAUCUAUCUUGCCUUCCACGGCUGGGGUCUGGUCGGUCUCUGGAUCGGUCAAUGUAUUGCUCUCUACCUCGUCGGCUUCGUUGAGUGGGCGAUUGUCGCCUUCAGUGACUGGAACUACCAGGUCAAGAAUGCCUUUGCGCGGAUGGAUCACGAUGAAAGGGCUGAGAUUGGGGAAGCUGAUGAUGAAUCUUCUCAUUGAAACGGAAUUUAUGACUUCCGACAGCAUGUAUAUAUAUAUGUAUAUAUAUAUACCUUAUAGCGACAUGCAUGGAC